AUCUGAUCCGAUAAAGAAAAAAUAAAAAUAAAAAAAUUAAAAUCGCAGCCCUCGUGGAGUAAUUUAUUUCUUCAGUUCUUCUUCCCCAGCGAGAAAGAGAUAUACCCAAAACUCUGCAACAAAAAUUAGGGUUUCUGAUUCAGUCUAUCGAAACCCUAACCCCAAAAUCACCUGCAAUCUUCAAUCGCUGACUCUCUCUCUCGAGCUUCUCCCGUACAAUCAGCUAUUGAUCUGAAUUACUUAUUGUGAUGAUCACAUCAGAUUUACACGAUAUUUUAAUCACUCGCACACUCUAGUUUCGACUCUGCGCACCACUGUCCAAUUCUUCCCAAUCAAACACUCGAAGAAUCGAGUGAUCUUUAUACACACAUCAAAUAUAGAGUCAAUAAAUUAUGGACGUUGAAGGGAAUAAGCGCGUAUUCCAGCGGCUCGGACCUUCGAAUGAUAACAGAAAUCAGAAGGUUUGUUAUCAUUGGCGGGCGGGAAAGUGCGAUCGAUUCCCAUGCCCAUACUUGCACAGAGAGUUACCGCGGCCGCAAAAUGGCACGGCAUCGUCGAAACGGCCUCAUGGCUUCGCUGAUGAUCAGCCAAUGGUCCGUCGAAAUCCCAAUAAUUUUGGUAAUUCUUCAAGUUGGGGACGAGCUCAUGGUGGUGGUGUUGCCGGUAAGAUUGUCAAAACUGAAAAAGUUUGUAAUUACUGGGUCCAAGGGAGUUGUAGUUAUGGGGAUAAAUGUAGAUACUUGCAUUCGUGGUGUACCGGCGAUUGCUUUUCACUAUUGACCCAGCUUGAGGGACACCAGAAGGUUGUUACCGGGAUCACUAUGCCAUCUGGAUCAGAUAAGCUUUAUACAGGGAGCAAGGACGAGACUGUGAGGGUUUGGGACUGCCAAUCUGGGCAGUGCGCAGGGGUGAUUAAUUUGGGUGGUGAAGUAGGUUGCAUGCUCAGUGAAGGCCCAUGGGUAUUUGUUGGUAUACCAAAUGUUGUCAAGGCAUGGAAUAUCCAAACGGCUACUGACCUGAGUCUUACUGGACCUAUUGGACAAGUCUAUGCCCUGGUUGUGGGAAAUGAUUUGCUCUUUGCGGGCACACAGGAUGGCACAAUAUUGGCAUGGAGAUUUAAUGCAGCUGCUAACACCUUUGAACCAGCUGCAACCCUUAAGAGUCACAAUCUUGCUGUUGUCACAUUAGUUGUUGGAGCUAAUAUGCUAUACUCUGGUUCCAUGGAUCAUUCUAUAAGAUUAUGGAGCCUUGAAACUUUGCAAUGUGUACAGACGCUGUCAGAACAUACUUCUGUAGUGAUGUCUGUUCUUUGCUGGGAUCAGUUUCUUUUAUCAUGUUCCUUGGAUAAAACAAUAAAGGUGUGGGCAGCUACUGAAAGUGGAAACCUGGAAGUGACAUACACUCACAAUGAAGAACAUGGACUGCUUACCCUCUGUGGGAUGCAUGAUUCGGAAGCUAAGCCAGUCUUACUGUGCUCUUGCAAUGACAACUCUGUUCGCGUCUAUGACUUACCAUCGUUUUCUGAGAGGGGAAAGAUAUUUGCAAAACAGGAGGUUCGAUCCAUACAGAUAGGUCCAGGUGGUCUGUUUUUCACUGGUGAUGGAACAGGUCAAGUGAAAGUAUGGAAUUGGUUGGCUGAACCAACUGCUGCCGUUUGAUGCACGUGCACGUGCACGUCCACCAUAAUGUAAUUUUUCCUUUUUUAUUUUUAAUAAUUUGUUAAAUCGAGUCUUUGUAAUGUGUUAAGUUUGUGCGGAAGGACUUAUAAGACGACAGAAUGCCAGCUUUUGAGUUCUUAGAGAUAGUUGUUUUAGUUGAUCUGAAAUAAUUGUUUUCAGCUCAUCAUGUACUUGUAACUGUACGCGUAAUUAUUUAUAAGUGCUUUGGUCGAUUAAAGGUUUUGCUAAGCAUUUCAGCCAGUGAACCUUAUUAAUUGUUAAUCCUAACUCUGAAUAGAAGCAGUUCGUGCACAUGAUUUGAGUUGGUGAGUUUCAACGUACAGAGAAGUUCCUCUUUGAUUUU